AGCAGUUUGUUAUUUAUUUGCCAGUUGUGCUCUAGAUGACAAAUGUAACAGCUCACUUUGACAGAACUGCGUCUUGAUCUAGACUUUGAAGAAACGCUUUUUGACAAAAGUUAGCAGGGAUAAUUUCUGCUCGCUACAGGACAUAUUUCUGAAUAUUAUGGCGUGUUUUACUGCCUCACUCGGUGUUAUUUUUCUGUUGGGAUUCAUCGACAUUGCCGCAGCAAAGGACACCUGUGAACUCUACGCUGCUGUUGGGCAGCAGAGUCUGACUCUGCCUUUUGUCUAUGAAAGACUGGCAAACUCACAUCCAAUGAAGUGGACUCAUAACAGCACAAUAAUAUUCUACAGGGAACAAGGGAAAGUGUCAGUUGGAAAGCCACAAGACAUCUCUGCAACUGGAUCUCUUAUUCUGAAGAAUCUUCUAUUCUCAAGUGCAGGGACCUACCAAGCCCAGGUGCUGUAUCCCAAUCGCACUUUGGCUAAAAUGUGGACUGGUCGCCUCUGUAUGAUGGAUAAAGUAUCAAAACCUCAACUCAAAUAUGCCUGUGAGUUCAAGUGUAAUGCUGUUCAUCUUAACUGCGAUGUUGUCAAACCUCAGGGUUUGGCCUUCUCCUGGACACUUGAUGGAAAGACACUAAUAAGUGAAACAAGACAAACACUGAGAAUCUCUCUGACCCAAAUGAAAGGCGAGGAGAGUUUCACGUGCACUGCAGCAAACCAAGCCAGCAAGGAGAUUAGUGACAUCGUUCGUCCAACCUGUAAAAGUCCACCACCUAUGCUUUGUUUUGCACGACAGACUGUUGUGGCAGUGUUAGCAGGAGCAGCAGCUCUCAUUCUUCUUUUGCUCAUCAUCACCGUCGUCUUAUGCUGCCGUCACAGGCGCAACAAGACCCAUACGAGACACAGGAAUAAAGGGGAACUGAGGAUGCUUUCUGUAAACAAGCGAGAUCCUGACUCCAUUAGCCCGGACUAUGAAACUAUGCACCCGACUGAGAGCUCUCCGCCCCCGAGCCCCCAGCCUUCACCAAGAGCCUGUUACCAGAAAGUGUCUCAGCCUGAAGUUCAGAGUGAAAACAGGCUUCCACAGAUCUCCACAGCUGCUGAAGGACAGAAACCUUCACCGGUGCCAAAGCCAAGGACGAAGAACACCCAGACAACAAACAUGUGAACAUACCGUCCUCCCUUACCAUUCCAGCGACUUCCAGGAAAGUAGACAAAAAGACAUGUAUCGAGCUUUUGAUGGCAUACACGAGAAAAUGAGAAAAAAGUACCGAAGAAAAUAGGGUUGUUGGCAGUCUUAAUUGACAUGUUCUUUAUCACUUUAAUAAUUUGAUGUGAUGUUUUAUAGAUACAAUUAUAUGGUGAUUUGGUGCUGUAAAUGUGCAUUUUCCUGCAAAGGUUUGUCUGUGUUGUUUUGCUGUUAAUGCUUAAAAAUGUGUUAUUUGAACUGUUUGAUUUAGCGUGUAUUUUACAGAUGAGUUUUGACACUGAUGUAUUUUUCAUUUUUGAUGUUUUUUUCUGUUUUGUUAUGAAUUUUCAAAGCAUAUCAUCUUUGAAUUCUGCACAGCUGAUGUACUUAUAUGAUGUAUAAAGUAAUUUCCAUACAAAUAAGAGAUCUUUGCGUCAAAUGUUUUUUUAAAAAUAUUUUACUGAAAAUGUAGUAUCAAUAGUUACAACAGUGGUGUUGUAUCAGAUUCCCAAGGUACGAUAUCUCAUUCAUCAGAAGUACAGCAUUGCCAAACCUGUUCUUCAUUUCAAAUAAUGUGGAAAUUUGAAGCCAUUUGACCUCUUCUUUAACAGACACAGUUAUCACCAUUUGACCUACUUUUUGUAAGUUUUUUUACUGAAUGAAGGCUAUUUUUAGCUCCUCUGAUAUUUUUCCCACACUCCACACAAUUAUUUUCAAGAUAACAGUUGUUUUUUUUCUGAAAUAUAAUCACACUGUAUGCUGACUUGUGUCUGAAAUGAAUAAAAUUGUCAAAUAUGA